ACAAAAAUGUUGACAAAUUUUUGUAAACAAUGGUUUUCAAGCUCGCGGCCCAAUAAUCCGUAUAAAAUGCAACGAAUUUUAGUUUCCCUCUCAAUUUUUUUAGGCAAAAUUUGACAAAUUGUUGCCAUCUAUUUUCCCGCACUUUCUCUCCACACUAACACAGUUCAUCGGGGGUAUUACAAUCUUUCACGCCAACGCCGACGCCCAACAUCUGGCCUUCUCUCUGAAACUUCCUCUCUUCCCUUCCAAAUCUUAGGGCUUUGGAGAAGAGCGAGAGCGAGCCAGUAAACCCCCUUCGUCUGCAGUCUACGCUCCUAUUGAAGCUUCUUCUUUGUCUCUUUCUAGACUCGGUCGUCACAACUGUCGUGCAUUGAUCACUCUCUUUCUGAUUUUCGUUCUUGGUACCGGAGAGCAGAGAAGAGUGACAUCGAAGUAGGAGGGAAAUGGCGUUGGCCGUCGACGAGUCCGGGAGGCCCUUCAUGGCAAUAAAAGAGCAGGAGCAGAAGACCGGAUUGGGAGGCUUGGAUGCUCAGAAGGCCAAAACUUCCUCAGGAAUGAAGAAAAAAAAGAGCACUAUUUCUAGCACUAAAAAGGCAGCUACAACUAGCCAAAAAGAAAAGAAGCGAAAUGUGUCUCAGGGUAGUGAAGAGCCAACUGGUUCUAGGAAAAUGCCGAAGCGAGCUUCUGCAUGUAGAGAUUUCAAGGAGCGAUCUAUUCGUAUAUGUGAGAAGUCUUGUGUCGUUGAGACAAAGAAGGAUCAAUUUGCUGAUGAAGAGAUUCUAGCUGUACGCUUGACUUCUAGACAAGAUGAUGGACGGCCAAAUAGAAGAUUAACUGAUUUUGUCUUGCAUGAUGAAAACGGUGCCCCACAGCCCCUUGAGAUGUUGGAAGUUGACGACAUGUACAUCUCAGGUCUUAUAUUGCCUCUCGAAGCAAGUUUGGAAAAGGAAAAGGAUAAGGAAAAGGGUGUCAGAUGUGAAGGCUUUGGACGGAUAGAGUCAUGGGAUAUCUCUGGUUACGAAGAUGGUUCUCCAGUGGUAUGGCUUUCAACUGACAUUGCCGAUUAUGAUUGCCUUAAACCAGCAAGUAGCUACAAGAAAUUUUUUGAUCAUUUCUUUGAAAAGGCACGUGCUUGUGUCGAGGUUUACAAAAAGCUGCGAAGGUCUUCUGGAGGGAACUCUGAUUCCAGUCUAGAUGAGUUGCUUGCUGGAGUUGUUCGUUCAAUGAGUGGAAGCAAGCAUUUUUCUUAUGCAACAUCUAUCAAGGACUUUGUCAUUUCUCAGGGUGAGUUUAUCUAUAAUCAAUUGGUAGGUUUGGAUGAGACAUCGAAGAAGAAUGAUCUGAUAUUUGCAGAGAUGCCUGUUCUUGCUGCCUUGAGAGAUGAGAGUAGCAAGCGUGGAAGCUUUACUCAAGCAAAUGCACCAACUACAGGUGGGAGUUUAACAAUUGGUUCAAAAUUAGGAGAUGAAGAUAAAAAAAAUAAAUCUGGUUCUUCCAAAUCUGCAGUGGAGGAAAAUGAAGAUUUAAAGUUAGCAAGGCUCUUGCAGGAAGAAGAGAACUGGCAAUCAAUGAAGCAGAAGAAAAGUCAGAGUUUCUCCUAUACGUCUAACAAAUUCUACAUAAAAAUUAAUGAAGAUGAAAUUGCCAAUGACUACCCUCUGCCUGCUUAUUACAAGAACUCUGUAGAAGAAACUGAUGAGUUCAUAGUUUUUGACGGUGAUAUGAUAUGUGACACUGAUGAACUUCCUCGAAGCAUGCUUCAUAAUUGGUCACUCUACAAUUCAGACUCAAGGUUAAUUUCCUUGGAACUUCUUCCAAUGAAACCGUGUACAGAUAUUGAUGUCACCAUCUUUGGGUCAGGGGUUAUGACUUCUGAUGAUGGAAGUGGAUUUUGUCUUGAUGCCAACCCUGGUCAGUCUUCUUCAUGUGGUUCAAGAGCACAGGAUGCUGAUGGGAUUCCAAUUUAUUUAAGUGCAAUAAAGGAAUGGAUGAUUGAAUUUGGUUCAUCAAUGGUUUUCAUUUCUAUCCGUACAGACAUGGCCUGGUAUCGACUUGGUAAGCCAUCAGAGCAGUAUGCUCGUUGGUACGAACCAGUUUUGAGAACAGCCAGGCUUGCUGUAAGUAUCAUCACAUUGUUGAAGGAACAGAGCCGAGUUGCUCGACUUUCUUUUGCAGAUGUCAUCAAGAGACUGUCUGAGUUCAAGAAGGACCAUUGGGCAUACGUUUCUUCUGAUCCAGCAGCUGUUGAAAGAUAUGUAGUUGUCCAUGGACAGAUAAUACUGCAGCUAUUUGCAGAAUUUCCAGAUGAGAAGAUUAAAAGGUGUGCAUUUGUGAUUGGUCUUACAAAGAAAAUGGAGGAGAGACAUCAUACUAAAUGGUUAUUGAAGAAGAAAAAGGUAUUGCAAAAGAUUGAAUCAAAUUUGAAUCCAAGAGCAGCAAUGGCACCUGUGCAAUCCAAGAGGAAGGUUAUGCAGGCUACAACAACUAGACUAAUAAACAGAAUUUGGGGGGAGUACUAUUCAAAUUACUCACCAGAUGAUCUACAAGAAGAAAUUACUUGUGAUUUGAAAGACGAGGAAGACGUUGAGGAGCAAGAGGAAAAUGAAGAAGAUGAUUGUGAAGAGAAUAAGAUAUUAUUUUCAGAGGGAACUCAGAAACCUCUUACAGUCUCAAGAACAACUAAAUUAUGCUCUAUGAAUAAGGAAAUAAGCUGGGAUGGAAAGUCUGUCGGAAAAACAUCCACUGGUGAAAUGUGUUAUAAAAAAGCCAUUGUUCAUGGUGAUGCAAUUGCUGUAGGGGGUGCUGUUUUAAUGGAAGAAAAUGAAUCAUUGGACCUUCCCAUUAUCUAUUUUGUUGAAUUCAUGUUUCAAGCAUCAGAUGGAAGCAAAAUGUUCCAUGGAAGAAUUUUGCAGCAAGGAUCUCAGACUGUUCUUGGCAAUGCUGCUAAUGAGAGGGAGCUAUUUCUGACAAAUGAGUGCAUGACCCUGGGAUUGGAGAAUGUUAAACAGACAGUUGUUGUGGAUGUUCGCUUAGUGCCAUGGGGCCAUCAACAUAGGAAGGAUAAUGCUAAUGCUGAUAAAAUUGACAGAGCACGAGCAGAAGAGAGGAAGAGAAAGGGGUUGCCACUUGAAUAUUACUGUAAAAGCUUGUAUUAUCCUGAUAAAGGUGCUUUUGUUAGUCUUCCCUAUGAAACUAUGGGUCUCGGGUCAGGCUUUUGCCACUCUUGCAAAAUAAGAGAAGCACAGGAGGACAAGGAAACUUUUAAAUUAAAUUCACGUCAGACUGGUUUCGUGUACAGGGGAACUGAGUACUCUGUUCAUGAUUAUAUCUAUGUCAGCCCCCAUAACUUUGCAGUGGAAAGUCUGGAGCAUCUAACUUUCAAGAGUGGAAGGAAUGUAGGUUUGAAACCUUAUGUUGUGUGCCAAGUGCUGGAGAUUAUUGUCACAAGUGAAGCUAAAAGACUAGAAGAUAAAUCUACAAAGGUUAAAGUUAGAAGAUUUUUCAGACCAGAAGACAUUUCAGUUGAGAAGGCAUACUGCUCUGACAUUCAGGAAGUCUACUUCAGUGAAGAAACACAUGUUAUGGCUAUCGAAAAUAUAGAAGGUAAAUGUGAAGUCCGAAAGAAGUAUGAUGUUCUGGCAUGCGUUGCUCCUGCUAUUUCCCAACACAUUUUCUUCUGUGAAUAUAUGUAUGAUCCUUCUAAAGGGUCCCUCAAGCAGUUGCCAGCUCAUAUAAAACUAAGAUACUCGACUGGGGAUGUGGAUGGUGUUGCUGCAUCUAGAAAGAAAAAGGGCAAGUGCAAAGAAGGGGAGGAUUUAGAAUACGAGAAACAAAGAGAAGCAUCUUGGGAGAAUCGGUUGGCAACAUUAGAUAUAUUUGCUGGUUGUGGUGGCUUGUCAGAGGGAUUGCAUCAGUCUGGUGCCUCAUUAACCAAGUGGGCAAUUGAGUAUGAAGAACCUGCUGGAGAUGCCUUUAAACUCAAUCAUCCAGAGUCAGUGAUGUUCAUUAAUAACUGCAACGUGAUUCUUAGGGCUGUGAUGGAGAAGUGUGGGGAUGCCGAUGACUGUAUCUCAACUUCUGAAGCUGCAGAGUUAGCUGCAGCUCUUAGUGAGAAGGAGAUUAAUGAUUUGCCACUUCCAGGGCAAGUGGAUUUCAUCAAUGGUGGACCUCCAUGUCAGGGUUUCUCGGGAAUGAAUAGGUUCAAUCAAAGCACUUGGAGUAAAGUUCAGUGUGAAAUGAUCUUGGCAUUCUUAUCCUUUGCUGAUUACUUUAGGCCAAAGUACUUCCUUCUAGAGAAUGUGAGGAACUUUGUGUCUUUCAAUAAAGGACAGACAUUUCGUUUAACUCUUUCCUCACUCCUUGAGAUGGGUUAUCAGGUGAGGUUUGGUAUUCUGGAAGCUGGAGCUUAUGGUGUUUCACAGUCAAGAAAACGUGCAUUUAUAUGGGCAGCCUCCCCUGAAGAGACGCUCCCAGAGUGGCCAGAGCCAAUGCACGUCUUUGCUGCCCCGGAGUUGAGAGUAACAUUGUCAGGAAAUUUGCAGUAUGCUGCAGUCCGAAGUACUGCAAAUGGAGCCCCUUUCCGUGCAAUAACUGUAAGAGAUACAAUUGGUGAUCUCCCAGCUGUAGGGAAUGGUGCCGCUAAGAUAAAUUUAGAGUAUGAAAAUGACCCUGCCUCAUGGUUUCAAAAGAAAAUUCGAGGGAAUAUGGCUGUCUUGACUGAUCAUAUAUCAAAAGAAAUGAAUGAGCUCAAUCUCAUUCGGUGUCAGAAAAUUCCAAAGCGACCUGGUGCAGAUUGGCAUGACCUUCCGGAUGAAAAGGUGAAACUGUCUACUGGACAAAUUGUUGAUUUGAUACCAUGGUGCCUGCCAAACACAGCUAAGCGACACAAUCAAUGGAAGGGGCUGUUUGGAAGGUUGGAUUGGGAUGGGAACUUCCCAACUUCCAUCACAGACCCUCAACCAAUGGGUAAGGUGGGGAUGUGUUUUCACCCCGAUCAGGACAGGAUCCUCACAGUUCGUGAAUGUGCUCGAUCUCAAGGUUUCCCAGAUAGCUACCAGUUUGCUGGUAAUAUCCAACACAAGCACAGGCAGAUUGGAAAUGCUGUACCUCCUCCUCUAGCAUACGCCCUGGGGAGGAAACUCAAGGAAGCUGUGGACAGUAAGAGGUCUACAUAGUGUAUCAGUGAUCUUGCAUUGUCUUUUGGAUUGAUCGAUGCACAAAGCAAAUACAUCUUUCUUCCCAAAGGAUGGACAUAUUAGUGUGAAUACUGCUGCCUAAUUCGAUGGCUUUUUUUUUUUUUUUUUUUUUUUACUUGAAAGAUAAAGUAUUAUUGCAUAAUUUCAGUGUUAUCCACAAUAACACUGCAUAAUUAAAGUCGCACUUGUUAUGUUACUCGUUCAAUCGAGUGGCUUAUUAUCUCAAACAAGGGACGAUCAAUCAUUCUUUAAUGAUUUGAA